AUGAAUGUAACCCAUGCUUUAUUUCUUCAUGCUCAGUUUUAUAAGAAGACCAAACAGCUGCCCAUGUUAAUGAAGUGCUGUGAAGAGAUCCAGCCACAUCAGUGGAAGCCACCUGUGGAAAGGGAAGAACACCGGCUUCCAUUCUGGUUGAAGGCCAGUCUGCCAUCCAUCCAAGAGGAGCUGCGGCUCAUAGCUGAUGGUGCCAGAGAGGUAGGAAAUGUGAUCAGAACCACGAAGAUCAGCUCAGACCCAGGUCUCAGAAAAGGCAGCUCAGAACUGGGGAGUGAAACUCAGUACCCACUGCUGCUGCCUAAGGGUGUAGUCCUGAAACUGGAGCCAGUUGCCAAUCGUUUUUCCAGGAAGGAAAAAGCGGUCAUCCAGAGGCGGUCAUCAGCCCUGAAGCCCCUCCUUAUCAGACCCAGCCCCUCUCUCCAACCUAGCUCUGGCUCUGGGAAGACACUGGCUAGGUCACCUCAGUCAGAAGCCCCUCCGAGCAAAAUGGUGGUCCGGAUUCCUCGCAUGAUCCAGCCAGCCACUGUCUUACAGAAAGUGCCAGGUGGCCCUCCGCCGGGGGUCGCUGGGGGCGAUAGUUUUGAGUCUCCAGCAGCACUGCCUGCUACACCCCCUGACACCAAGACCAGCUUCCCUGUGCCUGAGCCCCAGACCCUGGUCCCCUCUGCCCCUGUGCCCAAGGUAAUGCUGCCCUCUCUUGGUCCUUCUAAGUUUCGAAAGCCCUGUGUGAAACGGAGGGGCUCAAAGAGAAAGGGGGCCAAGACCUCUCUCUGUCUGAAGCCUGCUCCCCUCCUCCACCCUGCACCUGUCAUCUUCACUGUCCCUGCCACCACUGUGAAGGUUGUGAGCCUUGGCAGUGGCUGCAACAUGAUCCAGCCUGUGAAUGCUGCUGUGGCCCAGAGUCCUCAGACCAUCCCCAUCACCACCCUCUUAGUUAACCCCACUUCCUUCCCCUGUCCAUUGAACCAGCCCCUUGUGGCCUCCUCUAUUCCACCCUUAAUUGUUUCUGGCAACUCUGUGAAUCUUCCUGUACCAUCCACCCCUGAAGAGAAAGCCCAAGUGAAUGUGGACAUCAGUUGUCCUUUGGCUGAGGGGAAAAAUGCCUUUCAAGGCCUAGAACCCAAAUUAGAACCUCAGGAACUCUCUCCCCUCUGUGCUGCUGUCUUCCCCAAAGAGGAGCCCAGCCCAGGGCCUCCAGCGGCCGACAGAGCGUGCCGGGAAGAAUUGUCGGACAGCAGUGCCUAUGGCUGGACUAUCGUGAAAACAGAGGAGGGGAGGCAGGCUAUGGAACCACUGCCUCAGGGCAUCCAAGAAUCUCUAAACUCUUCCCCUGGGGAUUUAGAGGUAAUUGUCAAGAUGGAACCUGAAGACUCUUGGGAGGAAAUCUCUGGUGGAUUCCCGAAGCAGGAAAUCAAAGAGGAACCUUGUGUGGAAUUGGGCACUGGCUUUCCACAUGAGGAGUCAGGCGGUGCUAGAGAGAUGAAGAAACAGACGGCCCUGCAGCAGGAGGAGGAGAGGAGUCAACCAGCUAAAGCCCCUUCAGCUUCUCAAGAGCCUGCUGAUGGAGGAAACUCGGGAGAAAUGAGCAAAGGGUCCCCAAAGAAUGCUUCAUCCUGUGCUGACCCUGACAUGGUGCUUAGCAGCCCCCUAGGGAAGCCUGAAGACUUGUCUAGCGCUGAUGGUCAGUCAGUGGGGACCCCGGCUGGGCCAGAAACUGGGGGAGAGAAGGAUGGGCCAGAGGAAGAGGAAGAAGAGGACUUUGACGACCUCACGCAAGAUGAGGAAGAUGAGAUGUCAUCAGCUUCUGAGGAAUCUGUGCUGUCUGUCCCGGAAUUCCAGAGUGGGCACUCAGUUUACAAGAAAAACCCCUGAUAUAUACAAUUUCCAAGGUUGUAAAUAAGUGCUAGUUCUUCCGGGGCAAUCUGCACGUUGGUCAACAUGUGAGAGAGAAAGCGAGAGAAGGAGGGGCAGAGGAAGAGAACAGAACAUUACUUGCUUUGCCUGGAUGCUCCCCUGAGACAACUGAAUUGACAACUAAAAAAAGUCCUCAACUACUACACAACCAUAGUAGCUGACGGUACCACCUCUGGGCUAAGCUGUGCGGCCUCCAGCCCUCCAGCUGCAGUGCUCCUGAGAUUAAAACCCAUCACCAAGGGGGAAACACCCACUGCUCCCAAGCCACGCCCUUCCUUGGUGCUUCUGAUCUUCUCUGCUUAGAAGAAAGAAAACGUAGCUUUUGCCUGUCAUGCUCUUUUCUAAAUACCGUCCCUUGGUAUUCAGUGGACAAUGAACGUGGCAUCACCUUCUUCUUCCGACACUACGUUCACUAUGUAUCUUACUUCAAAUAUUCCAAGGCAAGAAAACAUAUGUCCCAGCCUACAUAUAUGAUGGUACCAGAAAUCAGAGAAACCACAACAGAGAAACUCAGUUUUCCCACCGGACUUUUAUCUUCUCUUUUCAGUGUGGUCCUUCCCCAGAGAGCAUUGACUCCAUCCACUGCCACCAGGAGGUGAAAAAUACCCAAAGAACUUUGCUUCUUCAGCUCUUUGAGCACAAUCCCAACUGCAUCUGUGGCAUUCCUCACUCGCAUUAUGCCCUGUAGGGAAAGAGAGACAGUGGCUUGCAGACCUCAGGAGGCUGUCUCUGUUAUGAUGUAGUACACGUUCGGUGUCUUAUUUUAAUACCUGUUCAACUACUUCUCCCAGAGGACUGCCUUUCUCAGUGCUUUCUCGCUUAUUCCAGACAUACUUCUCUUGAACUUUUAUCUAAAAACAAAAACCAAAAAAGGAUACUUAGCCUAAGGAUGAAACCAUUUCUAGCUAAGAAGGUAGGACGCUAAGGUUGUUAGCAGUCAGUUUUAAUCUAUUUUUCAAGCCUUGUAUGAGACCUCAGCAGGAAAGUGAAUGCCUUCGAGCCCAUUUCUGCCUGAAGUUCAAAAAAAAAAACAGGAAUUCUGACUAAAAAGUCCAGGAUGAAGCAGCCUUGUCAUCUGCAUUUUUAAGAAGCUUGUAGGUGAUGCUCAUUUAAAUCAGAGUUGAAAACCCCUGGCUUAGAGAUUGAAUCCAAGAACCACUAGAGUAGAGGAUAAUUUUAAGAAUACAUUUCUGGUUCUGAAAAGGACCUAAUCUGGAGAAAACUAUGUAGCUGAAUAUGUGCUUUAAAGGAUUUUAGGCUGUAACCUUGGAAGAGUCAAUGAAUCAAUCUGGACUUCACUAUGCUACUCACAAGAUGGGAACAGCUUACUGUUGCCUUUUUAUUUCAUAUGGAUAAAUGAGUUUUAGGGUAUGAACUUAUUGUUAAUAAAAUAUAUGAAAAAAAA